UUUGGAGUGCGAAACACUGCUUUAUGCCACCCGUCAUUUUGGAGGGAGGAACUGAGCUAAAGAACACUAAAUAAAUGCAGAUUGUAGGCUAUAUAGGAUUAAUUGCAAUUCUUCAUGAACCAUGAAGUAUAGUCUAGGCUAUUAGAUCGAUUAAAAUACCAUAAUAAUAGACCCUACCUAUGAAAUAGGUCAGUGAGAUUGUGAAACUUUCUUUUGGCCAUGACCACAAUGCCCCUGAUAGGCUGCUAUGUUAAAAGAAACUAGGCUUCACCCUGAUAGGCUGUUAUGUUAAAAGAAAGUAGACUAUAGGCAGGCAGGCUAUAUGAACGUGUGACUGUGGGUACAAGUGAUUUGAUUUGCGUCUGUGGGUAUAGUUUUCAAGAGUUUCUGCGCCCCUGGCUGAACUCAGAUUACGCAUUGCUAUUAAAUCACGCUGGUAGGGACUUCACAUGGAAAGGGAAUUAAUUACUGUAGUGCGCUAUCCUGGUGACGCAACGGAGUAACACACAACCCAAGACUUGCUGAAGAGUUAAACAACUGCACCUGCACUGGGAAUUUGCGCUCCCCCAAUACAUACCCCUGACUUUUUCAUAUCAGUCAAGAGAGCAACGGACAGAAAACUACAACGAGGACAGCAUUGGAACUUGCAUCAUGUUGGGCAGGAGCAAGAAACCUCCUACCGCCGUGCAUCAUGAACCCAAGGCAGUGGAAUCCCAACCCAAGACGCAGGACCCACUUAGGAGACUGGGAGUGCUGGAUGAUGAGAAUGUCCGUGCGAUGAUGCACGGUUCCAACAUGGUGAAGGUACGCUCCCAGAGGUGGCAGAAGAGCCGCAGCCUGCGUCUGCUGGAGGACGGGGUCACCGUGUGGUGCGAGUCCACCAAGAGCUCCCGCAAGGCCAAGGCACAACAGACCUUCUCAGUGACAGAGGUGGAGUGUGUGCGUGAGGGCUGCCAGUCUGAGGCUCUGCGGAGGCUAUCCGGGUCAGUACCAGAGAAUCAGUGCUUCACGGUGGUGUUCAGAGGAGCCAGGAAGAGUCUGGACCUCCUCUGCUCCUGUGAGGAGGAGGCAAGGCGCUGGGUCAAAGGGAUACGCACACUGAAGGAGCGCGUGGCCAACAUGACCCAGAAGGAGAAACUGGACCACUGGAUCCGUGGCUACCUGAGACGGGCUGAUGAGAACGACGAUGGGAAGAUGAGUUACGACGAGGUCAAAUGCCUGCUGCAGAUGAUCAACAUAGACCUGAAUGAACAGUACGCACGCUCGCUAUUCAAGAAAGCUGACCGGUCAUGUGACGGCCGUCUGGACCACGUAGAGAUCGAGGAGUUCUGCAGGGAGCUGAUGAGGCGGCCGGAGCUGGACGCCGUGUUCAGACAUUACUCUGGUAACGGCUGUGUUCUGUCCACCGCUGAGCUGAGAGACUUCCUGGGAGACCAGGGGGAGGACGCAUCACUGAUCCACGCUCAGAGCCUCAUCCGCACCUAUGAGCUCAACGACUGGGCCCAGAAGAACCAGUUCAUGACCCAGAACGGUUUCACCGUGUACAUGCUGUCCCUGGAGAACGAUGUGUUUAACCCCGACCACGCCAGGGUGCACCAGGACAUGACCAGACCUCUGGCCCACUACUUCAUCUCAUCCUCACACAACACCUACCUCACCAAGGACCAGGUCACCAGUGCCAGCAGCGCUGAGCCAUACAUCAGGGCUCUGAACCAGGGCUGUCGCUGUGUGGAGCUGGAUUGUUGGGACGGGGACAAAGGAGAGCCUGUCAUCUACCAUGGACACACCCUUACUUCUAAGGUGCCCUUCAAAGAGGUAAUCGAGACCAUCGCCCAGUAUGCCUUCAAGGCCUCCCCGUACCCCCUGAUCCUGUCCAUUGAGAACCACUGUACGGUGGAGCAGCAGACGGUCAUGGCCAGACACCUGCGCACCAUCCUGGGCAAGAGGCUGCUCACCAAGCCCCUCAAAGACCAGCCUCUGAAGGACCUGCCCUCUCCUGAGGAGCUUAGGGGUCGUAUCCUGGUGAAGGGGAAGAAGGAUGUUCACCACCUGAACCAGCUGGGGAAGACCAGCAGCUUUGAUACCAGCUCGGACGACGAGGCAUCAAGCAGAAACAAAAAGGACAAAAAGGACCCUGCCAAGGCGGUCUCAUCUAAGCUGAGCCCAGAGCUGUCUGAACUGGUGGUGUACUGUCGAAGUGUCCCCUUCCGCGGGUUCCAACACUCUACCCAGAAACCACCCAAUGAGAUGUCGUCCUUCAAUGAGAAUGACGCCCUCAAACACAUCAAGGACACAGGAAAGCUGUUUGUCAGACACAACAGCAGGCAGCUGAGCCGGAUCUACCCCUCUGGGCAGCGCCUCCAAUCCUCCAACUACGACCCCCAGGAUAUGUGGAACGGCGGCUGCUCGAUGGUUGCUCUGAAUUUCCAGACUCCAGGGGAGCAGAUGGAUCUGAACCAGGGCCGCUUCCUGCCUAACGGUCGCUGUGGAUACAUCCUCAAGCCCAGCUUCCUGUGCAGCCCCAGCUCCCACUUCAACCCAGAGAUCACAGGAGGUGGGCCAGGACACAUCCCCACACAGCUCACCAUACGGAUAAUAUCAGCACAGCAGCUCCCUAAGAUCAACACAGACAAGCCCAACUCCAUUGUGGACCCGCAGGUGUGGGUGGAAAUUCACGGGGUGGCCAUUGAUAAUUCCAGAGACAAAACCCACAGAAUCGACAACAAUGGUUUUAACCCACGCUGGGACAGCACUUUGAGCUUCCAGCUGCAGGUCCCUGAGCUGGCCCUGGUACGCUUUGUAGUGGAAGACCAUGACCACAAAGCCAGGAACGACUUUGUGGGCCAGUACACCUUGCCCUUUACCAGCCUCCGUACAGGUUACCGCCAUGUCCACUUGCUGAAGGCAGAUGGCUCCAGCCUCUCUCCAUCCACCCUUUUCAUCCAUGUCAAGGUGUCCGGUAAGGGGGUCCCCAUCAAGACUGUGUCCGAGCGCAUGGCCUUGGCUAAGAGCAAUGGCAAAGCAUGACCCAUAUCUACCUGAAGUGGUGCCACGCUUAUCUGAUAAGCGCCAUGCUUAUGUCUUGGGGGGGGAAAGUCUCCCUAAUUGGGGUGAAAAGGACAAGCUGCUGCCUGCCUAUGUCCCAGUGCUCUUUUAAUACAUCCCAUUUAGAAUUGGCAGGACAUAUAGGGCUCCCUGGCUACAGAGAGGAAGACAUCAUUCCUUCUCAGUCAAACCUGGAUGGGAGUCUUGCCUGUUGAUGAAUAGUGUUAGCUGGGAGAGAAACUCACUGGCGUGUUGCUAUUGUGGGAGUAUUCUGUACUCUGUUGUCAGUGCAUUCAGAGUGUUCAUGUCUAUUUCCAUAGAGACAUGACUUUGGCGCUGACCUGUUUUACACCAGAACUCUACCUGGCAGCCGUCUGCCUACUAUGAAGCCAAUAUAGAGGGGUUUUUUUUCACUCAAAGCCAGGUUUGUGUCCUGGAGUCCCUGGAGCAGAUCAUGAAGAUGUUUCCCAACAUUUUUUACAUAUUUAAAGUUAAGAAGUAUUUAACUUUUUUGCUACUUUUAGCUGAUGUGUGGUGAGCGUUGUGGCACAAAAAUGGUCACCGGGCAUCACCCAGGUGGGUGCCGCAUAUUGAUGGUGGAUGAGGUGAGUUUCCCUCUACCAUGUAAAGCUCUCGGAGUACCUCAGUUGGUAGAAAAGCACUAUAUAAAUCCAAUCAAUUAUUCAAACUUUUUUACUAUUACAGAAUAUUAUGUUUGAAACUUUUAGAAACGUUUUAUCAGGGCAAGACUUUUAGUUGUGCUCCUUUUUCCAGGACAACGAUAGUGUUUAUUGACUAAAUUUAAUCUGUAAAUUAAGUCUAGUUGUUGUUGUUGUAUUGGUCUGUCACACCUGGCAUGACACAGUCCAAAAUACUGAAUGAAUGACUUAACCUUAGUGACAGAAUUAAUACAUUUCAACACUUAAUGUUUUUGUAAUGUGUUUGCAACAAAUUGUGUUAGUUGCAAUUGAUGAAACACACUUCUUUCUGUGUGAAAUUGCUGAUAGAAGUUUUUAGAUUAUAUUUAACAUUGUUGUAAAAUGUUAUAUUCUAAUGUAGUUACAGUAUUCUAAUUCUCUCAGUAAAAUGAAUUCAUUUGCAUACUGUAUGUACUUUCUCUGACACUAACUUCCUUUUGCUAAAUAAAAACAGCAUCAAAGUCA